AUGCCUGCUCGUACCAAGAAGGAAGAACAGCCUCAGGCUGAGGACACCAAUAUGGAGGAUGCCCCAGCCUCUGCGCAGCCUGGUGAGGACGUGGAGGAGGAGGAGGAGGAAGAAGAGGAAGAGGAGGUUGAGCCCCAGCGAGUGAGAAUUCUGCCCGGUUCAACAGACACUGCCGCCUCUUUUGAAUUCAUUGACGAGGGUCACACUCUUGGAAACGCUCUGAGAUAUAUCGUCAUGAAGAACCCUGAUGUCGAGUUCUGCGCCUAUUCGAUCCCUCACCCCUCAGAGCCCAAGAUGAACAUCCGCAUCCAGACCUACAGUGGUACGGCGGUGGAUGCUCUCAAGAAGGGAUUGACUGAUCUUCAGGAUGUCUGCGACGUUGUUGCUGACGAGUUCUGGACCAAGAGGCAGGCCUACAAUGCCGAGCAAGGAAUUGACCGGUAA